AUGGAGAUCCAAAGGCGAUUUUCCGGCGAUAGGCUUUUAUGUUACAAAAACGGCGAAAGAGAACAAAGCAAGCAGGAGUAUGAGAGAAACACUCCGGUGAGGAAACUACACACAUCCACCGCAAAUCUACUUACAAGUUCGGAGGUUCCACCGCCGGAUUCUCCUUCUUCCGCUUCUCGCUCCGCCGUUCGUUCUCAUCAGCCAUCGGAUGGGAUUAGUAAAGUGGUGGUUGGAGGUCAAGUGACUGAUGAGGAAGUUGAGAGCUUGAACAGAAGAAGGUGA